UCAGGGGUCUUAAUUAUGACACACAGAAGGCCUUGAGUGUGCAAGCAUGCCAAACAUUGGAUGAUGCCUAUUAUAGAGCUGCGAAACACUAUCGGGUUAUUCAACUCCAACGGGAAGCCCAUAAGAAAAUCCGAAAGAAUGAGGAGGAGAAUAAAGAAAGGGAGAAGAGACCCAAAACUCAUCAUCAGGAACAACAACCCCCGUGGAAGAGGGACAAUCAGCCACAAGAGGGAAGGAAAUUCCCCGGGCAAGGCCCGAGGCAUGACCACCGGAACAUGAAGAGUGACAGGCAUUAUUACUGUCAAAAGUGCAAGAGGGAUCAUCCAGGUGUUGACUGCGACGGCAGAGUGGUGAAUUGUUUCACUUGUGGGAAGAUGGGACAUCGUGCAUUCGAGUGCCGGAGUGGAUCGGGGGCGGGGUCCCAAGGCCAAGGGAUUAAUCGAGGAGGUGGAAACCAAGGUUGGAACCACCCUAAAGCUGGAGCAAAUCGCGACAACAAUAACCGUGGGAAUCAAGGCGGGGACGCCAACCGAGCCCAGAAUCAAAACCAAGGUGGGGGAAACAACAACAAAAAUAACGCCCCUAACCAGGGUCGCAUAUAUGUGAUGAAUCAAGCACAAGCCCGGGCUCAUGAUGUGGUUGCAGGUAUCAUUAAUGUUAACAAUACUCCUGCUUAUGUACUGUUCGAUUCUGGUGCUUCACAUAGCUUUAUUUCUUCUAGUUUUGUAAAGAAGUUAAAAAUAGAAUCUACGACUAGUAUAGAAUUGAAUGUAAAAACAGCAGCCAAUAAAGUCGUAGCUUGUAGAGGGGUAUACACAGAUGUACCCAUAGCCAUAGCUGAAGUCAAUCUACCGGGAGAUUUGGUGCAAUUUGACCUCGAAGACAUAGAUGUGGUGCUCGGCAUGGAUUGGCUCGGGAGAUACAAAGCAAAGAUCCUUUGCGGUGAACAAAAAGUGAUCAUGAAGAGCCCCGGUGGUAAGCGAGUGUCAUUCAAAGCUACGACCGACAAGCCCGGAGUCAAGCUAAUGACGAUACAACAAAUGAAGAGAUACGUCCGAAAGGGAUGCGAAGCAUACCUAUGCAUGGUGAAAGAUCUCAACGCUGAGGACAAGGCAAUUGAGCAAAUUCCGGUAGUCAAUGAGUUUCUUGAUGUAUUUCCGGAUGAAAUCCCGGGGAUGCCUCCGGAACGAGAGAUUGAAUUCUCCAUCGAACUGAUGCCUGGAACCACCCCUAUUUCCAAGGCACCAUAUCGGAUGGCUCCGAAAGAGAUGCAAGAACUAAAGGAGCAACUUGAGGAACUACUCGAGAAAGGUUACAUCAAACCGAGUGUCUCACCCUGGGGCGCUCCGGUUCUUUUUGUGAAGAAGAAGGAUGGAAGCUUGAGAUUGUGCAUCGACUAUCGAGAGCUAAACCGUGUCACUGUCAAGAAUAAGUACCCUUUACCCCGCAUUGACGACUUAUUUGAUCAGCUGAAGGGUGCGGGUGUAUUCUCCAAGAUAGAUCUUCGAUCUGGUUACCAUCAGGUGAGAAUAGCGGAGAAGGAUAUACCCAAAACCGCAUUCCGCACGAGGUAUGGGCAUUAUGAGUUCACUGUAAUGCCGUUUGGUCUGACCAAUGCACCAGCGGUGUUCAUGGAUUUAAUGAAUCGUGUAUUUCGCCCCUAUCUCGAUGCAUUUGUGGUGGUGUUCAUUGACGACAUACUUGUAUACUCCAAGAGUCCAAAAGACCACGAAGAGCAUUUGAGGAUUGUGCUGCAAACUUUGAGAGAGAACCAACUUUAUGCUAAAUUCUCAAAGUGUGAUUUCUGGAGGGACCGAGUUGCAUUUCUCGGUCACAUCAUUACUAAGGAGGGAGUUUCUGUGGACCCGUCGAAGAUUGAGGCAA